AGAAGUCUUAAUUAUACUUGUAAAAUCAUGAGAUUGACAAAUUUAUUAGGCGGAAAUCGUCGUAGCGAACCUAAAUAUCUUUUGGGAUUAAAAAUUUUUACAAUGAUCGUGCUCAUAUCUGGUUUGACAGGUUAUCUCGCUGUUUUAAUAGUUGAUGUAAACCAAGAUGCUCCAAUUAUAAUAACUUCUUAUGUUAAUGUUGAUGGCGUUCGAGCUCCAAAUUUGCAUUUUGGUGGUGUUUAUAAUUCUAGUAUUUCCUGUCAAGAAGUUCAUAUGGUGAAUGAUAUGCUUGCACCACCAGUAGAUUGCUUAGAAGACACAAAACUAUAUUACGAUGAGAAAAUAAAUCACUAUAUUACAAGUUACCAACCGAUAAAAAAUGUUUUUUUCAGUAAGAAAUCAUUAUAUUAUGUAACUUUGAAAUUAGUUAUUAAUGAAGAAUUUACACUUGAAAAACCUUGGGACAUGACGUUAAUGGCUUAUGAUCCAGAAAAAGACUUUUUUUAUCAAGGAAGAAGUGACUUUGUUGAAGAAUCAAUUUUUACAUUGAACACUUAUUCAAUAAUGCCAAGUCAGGAUUACAGAUUUACUUAUUCUAAUAUAAUUAGAGAAGUUAUAGUACCAAGUUGGAUGAAUGAUUUUGGUGUUCCUCCAAAAUAUGAACGAAAACCAUAUAUCAUAUCUGAUUUAGUUGGAAAUCCAAUAGUACAAGACAAAACAUCAGAGCAGAUUAUAAGUUUUACUAUACAACCUAAGUAUUCUAAUACCAUUCAAAUAGAUAAAGAACUCAGAACACAUACAUACUUAAGUGGUUUGGGUUUAAUAGGUGGUGCGUGGGGAUUAGCUGCAGCAAUUUAUACAUUUCUUUUUGGCGCGAACAUCUUACAACCAUGGGGAGCCGUACAAUCGCAUUGUUGCGGAUUUUCUCGUUUGACACAAAAUAAGCUUAAAGAUUCCCUACCGACUGUUCCAUUUUCUGAUGAUCCUAAUACUAAAGAUCAAAUAAAUUCUCUUUCUUUAGCCGAGCAAAAUAAAUUGUUUCUAUUGAGACUUAAUAGUUUAGAGUUAUUUCUACAAGAAUACGUCGUUGAUGUACAAUAUUUAGAUAGAAUUCGUGAUAACGUAGACACAACGAAUAAUACGGAUGAUAAUCAAAAUACGAAUUCAGCAUCUUUUACUACAUCUGAGACCAUAUCAUCACAGCAACAAAAUGAAAAUUUAGCGAUUACAAUACCACCAAAUUUAACUCAAACCUUGACAGCUGAUUCUACACCACAAUCAAAUAAAACUUAUGCUGCCGAUGCACCACAUGAUGAUAUUUCGUAAUAAACUACUCAACAACAAUUAGGAUCAUAGAUUAAUAAUUUAUUAUUUAGCAUUUUUUAAUAAUCUUACAUGUUAUUUUUUAAUUUUGCUAAAACAAGAAAUUCUUAUUAUUUAUGUAAUGCAAAAAUGUUUACCUAUUUAUUUUUACACCUCACAGCAAAAGGGGCUUCGGGUCAACAAAUCAACUUUAAUCUUUUAUAAUAGUCAAAUGCUUAUGAACCUAUUUGUAAAUUUUUUUAUCAUAACUAUUUAUUAAUAAAGAAGUGAGACAUUUU